AUGGCGACGCCGUGGCCGCGAAGGGCGACAUGGCCUACCCCGCUACGCGAGCAUGCUACUUCCCUCGGCACCUUUCUUCACGACGUCCUGGAGGCUAUCAAGCGCAACGGUAGCCAAACCGUACCAGCAGACCUCGCCAGAGAUAUAAUCCGCGGCGCGUUAACGCUCGUCUUAAAGACGCAACAUACGCCUAACCUAGACACAGUCCGCGACGCCCUCGCAGUCGCACAAACUAAAGCCAAAACCAACGCAGAGCAGACCGCGCAAGCCCUCGACCAGAUCAAGAGCGAACUUAAGAACACCGUAGAUAUCAUACAACUAGUAGCUGCCAAUAUACAACAGAACGCUAGUACAGUAGAAGAGGCGAGAGCGGCAGCCAAAGAGGCGACACAAGUAGGCAAGGCUACCCUAGAAAUGGCAAGAGAGAUCAAGAACAAAGCACCAUAG